CUGCUUAAAUGUGUGUCUUUUUUGAUAUUUUAGGUACUGUUAGUGAGUAGUAGCCGGUAUCCAGAUCAGUGGAUUGUACCGGGUGGAGGAAUGGAACCAGAGGAGGAGCCAGGAGGUGCUGCAGUUCGAGAGGUUUAUGAAGAGGCUGGAGUAAAGGGAAAACUAGGCAGACUGCUGGGGAUAUUUGAGCAGAACCAAGACCGGAAGCAUAGGACUUACGUUUAUGUUCUUACAGUGACUGAAAUAUUGGAAGACUGGGAGGAUUCAGUUAAUAUAGGAAGGAAAAGAGAAUGGUUUAAAGUAGAAGAUGCUAUCAAGAUUCUUCAGUGUCAUAAACCUGUUCAUGCAGAAUACCUGGAAAAACUGAAACUGGGCUGUUCCCCAACCAAUGGAAAUUCUGUGGUCUCAAAUCUUCCCGAUAACAACUCCUUAUAUGUCACUUCAGCACAGACUUCUGGGUUGCCCUCGACUGUGAGAUAAAAAUUUGGAAUACCUUUUUACUCAUGUGCCAUCACAAGGUGGGGGAGGGGAGGAAGCUUUGUUCACAUGCAGACAUUUUUGACUCAGUUCUCAGCAAAAUGUAUGAAUACAUCAUAACAUUCAGACACUGACUUUUUUCUUUUAACAAUGUAAAAUAAUAUUGCAGCAAACUAAAGCCAUAUUUAGAUUUUUAAGAUGUCUUAACUAGCCAUUUUAAAAAAACUAAUCAGUGUGUGAAUUUACACCCCUGCUAAAAUAACACAACAUCUGAGUUAAGUGGAACUUAUUCCAGAUUUUGGCUUAAAUUGUUUUAGUCAAAUACACCAUAAAAUAAAGGUAAACCUUUUGGCAGGAAAGUUUCUGUAAAACUUUCAUUCAAAAUGUACAUUUACAAUGCUAAAGACCUCUAAAAUACUACUACUGUCUGGGAAACUGAGCAUGCUAUUCAA